GAAACACGCUUUAACACGCACUGACUGCUGCGCACUAACUAGGGAAAGUUGCAUAGGCUACGUGCGGUGCUGGAAUCAUCACCAAUGGCUCAUUCUAUACAAAACAACACUCUGGACUUGUUAUUCCUGGAUAUUCAAAGCUGAUAUUUUAAGCUGGAGAUUUUUUUAUUUUAAUAUAUAUAUUUUUAUACGUCUCCCACCUGUCAAGUGUAUCAUUAAUAUGCGAUUUUUAACGGACCGGUUUGAUUUCCACACUGGAGAUUUUGGAUACGCGUCAAAUGUCAAACAGGAGCAGCUGGAACGGUGUUCAAAGUGACCCAACAACCCCUCUGGAAUAAACUUUACUGCAGCUGAGAGUGUGUGUGUGUGUGUGUGUGUUUGACAGAGGGAGAGAGAGACAUUUGGAUGUGCGCGCAUGAUGAGCUCGCGCCUGCUGCUGCUGGUGCUCGCGGCGCUCGCAGCGUGCCUGCGGUCCGGUCGCGCGCAGGGGGACCCUCUUCCUCCAUCUCUGGUGGAUUUAGUAAUGAACAGCCCAAUUUCAACAGUAGACGAUCUGAAGAAACUUUUGGAUGUAGAAUCCGUAGAGGAAGAUGAUGAGAAGCCAGAGACUGAGAUGCACUCGAACGGAACACACAAACGUCUUCCCAGAAGCCUUAGCAUUCAGGUGGCCCAGCAGGCUAUGUGUAAAGUGAGGACAGAAGUUAUGGAAGUGACGCGUGCUAUGUUUGACAGACGAAACGCCAACUUCAUGUUAUGGCCUUCAUGUGUGGAAGUGCAGCGCUGUUCAGGCUGCUGUAACGCGAGAACUUUACAAUGCGUCCCAGUUCUCACUGAAACACGACAUCUACAGAUAACAAAAAUCCAGUAUAUCAACAGACAACCAUCCUAUGAGAAAGUUGUCAUUCCUGUGGAGGACCACGUGACAUGUAGCUGUCAAUUACGUGUCCCAGCACAACCCCCACGUGUCCAGACCACACCCCUCCCCCCACACAGACUCCACCCUAAAGUAACUCCACCAAAGACCCAAUCAAAAGAGGAGCUGCACCGCAAUGAUGAACUGAAACAUAACCAGCAGCUUCAUUUGGAGGACAAAGAAAGUCAAGAACUACAAUGGCAGUCCAAAUACACUGUAGCACACACGGACAGACAAACCCCACACCAACACACACUUACACACACGCCAGCUUACUCCAGCCGAGGAGAUUUUCCCACCAGACAGACCACAUUGGGAAACCCACGCAUGAUGAGUGACGCGACGCAAACAGAGGAGGCUGAUCACAUCAAAUCCGAACACAGUGGCGACGACAUGGCCAAAAAGACAAACGACAAACAUUCACAAGAGGAACAACCACACAACAGCACGACGCCACAGCAACCAAAAUCUCCAUCGCAAACUUCUGUCCAAUCAGAGCGUGGCAUAAGCAGCCAAUCAGACACUCUUAGCCGCACUUACAGCCGCGUUGAGGUGAUCGGCCAAUCAAGCGGCUUAUCAGAAGUGCUAACUCAUCACUCCGACCAAUUAGAAGUUAGAAAGCAUCACCAUCACAACCACCAAUCAGAAAAAGAAGAGGAAACGCAUCAUCUCCGACACCAACACCACCAACACCAUCAACGUCACCAGUUUACAACACAAGCAGUUAGCAAACAACAGACUAGCACACAAAGAACAGUAAUGAAAGCUCCUCCCACCACGCCCUCAGCCCCACAGACUCCGCCCCCUCUCCCGUCUCCACGAAAACGGAGACGGAAACAUCGGAAGAGGAUCAGCAAGGCUUCCAUGAGAGCGAUGAUAAUGGUAAUGUCCUGAAGAAGACCAAGACUUCGAGAACUGCUGCCAAAGUCCCUGGAGCGAGCACAAAGCUGGGAGUCUGGGUGGAGACACACAGGAUACAGCAGAGACACACUGGAAAUCUUUUAUAAUAACUGGAAAUGUGUUUGAUCUUUGCCAAAUAAGCUCCUCUGAACUACAUUUCCCAUCAGCCAUUGCAGUUGUGCGGCCUCUGCGCUGCGGGAGCUGCUCGUACUCAGGAUAUCCUGUUAGCGUGGACUUAAAAAGGAUUCCAUAUGGACGCAAACACAGCCUGCCAAAUAGUGAGACUGUACUAAAAACACAACAAGAUUGCGCUUUGCCAAAAACACUUCAUUCAACACAACGGCUGCCAAAUGCGGUGCAAUAUUGACUUGAACUACUGGUUGGCCAAGAGUUUGGCUCAAAUCAGUGAUUAGCUAUAACAAGGUAGCCUUUAAAUGCCGAUGAAUGUCGUCGACCAAUGGUGGCUCGGGUUGGACAGUUUAUCCACUGGAGGAACUACUGAAAGAAGUUGUCAGGACUGGAAGUUGUCAGGACUUUGAAUUUCGGACUCUCAAAGAGGAGAAACGGAGUUUAGGACUUCCAGACGAGUAUAAAAUACAAUUAACUAUAACAAACUCAUCUCAAAACGUAUAAUCUGUACAUUUGUCAAACUAUUUAAACACUCCAAGUUUAUUAAACAAAAAAAAAGUGAAAUAUAUCAGCUGGCUAGAUAUAAAUAUCAAGGACUUAAAGCACUUACGUAAAAAAAUACAAAUGUUUCUGCACAUUUACCAUGGUUAUAUGAUGGUAUUCAUUGAAGUACUUUAGAGAACCACGUAUAGACCAUGGUAUAUGAAUAUGGUAAUCCAUCAGAUGCCAUGGUACCGCCUCAGUACUUUUUGUCUAUGGAUCUCUCAGCAUAUGUAGAAAUCCGAUAUAUGGCAAUAUAUGCAAAUGACACAUUUAAACACAUUCAUAAUAUCGUGUGAUAUUGUAUUUAUACAACAGUUCGAUGACAAAAUCAUAUAUAUAAAAAAGAAAAUCAAACAGGAGAGUCUACAAACCCUUUUGUAUGAGGAACUACUUUCUUCUGCCAUUCAUUCUCAUCUGCAGCUGACAUCAGAACAGCAGAAAUCAUUGCUUGACAAACGUCACUUUAGAGCUAGUAUUUCAAUGAUUCUCAAACGUAAUGUCUAAAGUGAUGACAAAACAGGUGAUUUUGCUCACAUUUUAAGAUUAUAAGGCUGAACGGCAUGAAAUGCCAUCAGUCUACAGAGAUUUCCCAGAAUUUCUCUGUUGCAAUCAGGAGAUCACAAUAAUUAACCCUGAAAAAGCUAAAGACAAGCAAACACUAGCAGAUUACUAUGCUAGAAAUACAGCACUACAACAUACAAGAGAGAGAGGUCGACUUAGAAUGUCACCUGUUCUAUAAUGAUUUGAUCAGCUGUAGUUUGAAAUUUAUGCUGAGUAAAUUUCCCCUAGGGACUUAUUAUGUGGUCUCUGUCACCAUCUUGUGGCGGAAUGUCAACUGUCUUUGCUUUGCUCAGUAUGAUAGGCUGAUGGUCGUUGAUGCACUGAAUCUCCGAAAUUAUAAAUGUCUAAAAUAGGCACUAUCCUUAUAAAUAAACUGCGUAGUUGCAAUCUAAACAACUACAUUCUCAUAAGUACUUUUUGUUGUCCAACCGCUGCAGUAUUUGUCAAACUGUAGUCAGUUUAUUGGUCUGCUGUCCCUCUAUGUGGGCGAAGUAGUACAGAAGGGUGAAGAGGCUGUGCGAGGGCUGUUAUUGCAGAAAAUCACACGGCUACCAGCCAAUCAGACUCAAGAACCAGACAUAACUGUUGUAUAAAUAUAAAUAAAUUAGUUAAAAUAUAUUUGGGGUUCGCGGAUGUAAAACAUGUCAUACAUGUAACAUAUAUUUGUAGAUAUAGCAAAAAUGGCUGUUUACGGAUAUAUUUUUUCAACCAUUGGAAAAAAAUAUUUAAGUAUAUAUUUAUAUGUCUGCGUGUGUUCAUAUAUGAUCUUAUAUGAAAUAUAUAUGAAAAAAUAUAGCUACUAUAUGUAUAUAUUAUAUGUAAAAAUGUAUAUACCGUAAACAGUCAUUUUUGCAAUAGUUUGACAUUUAUGACAUAUUUUUCAUAUGUGAAAUCCAAAUGUGAACUUUUAUGUCAUAUGUGUAAUUUGCAUAUAUUGGAUUUCUAUAUUUUAGUAUCGUACACAGUAUUUAAUUGGUGCAAAAACACUGGAAUAUCAUACACUGGAAAAUAUUACGUACAGUAUGAAGUGCUGAGAGCACAAAAUGUUUGCAUGUUUGUAGAUGCACGGUCAAAUAGUACCUAAAUCAAUAUUUAAAUAAAAGAAUAAGAAGAUUGUGUUUAGCCGUGAUGAGGUUACAGUGAAAUACUCCCAUCCUGUAGGGGGCGGUAUGGAGUGCUCUGUCGUUUUAUGCCUGCUGUCUCCAAACAUCCGUCUGUGCGUUCAGCUGCUUCUGAAAACAUGUCAAGCUAUGAAAUAACUGUUUGUAAAUGACUCAUUUCUUUUCUGGCUUUUUACGUAACUUAUUUAUAAAUAGUAGAUGCUCUACUCAUCUGCUUUCGAGAGUUAUUAAUAAAUUGUUAUUUGUUUUCGAUGGAAAUUAUUGUUAAUGUAAUGAUGCUAUUUUAAUAUAAAUAUAAAGUAUUCAAUUCA